ACUCCGAAGGUGUAUUGUACCUCUGUAACAUAUAAUAGAACAGUGUAUACACAUAUUAGUUGACCAGAAGCCCAGUGAAGUGUUGCAAAUGACAGUUUGACUUAGAAAGCUGAUGCUGUUUUAUUUGAUAUAAUAGUCAUAAAAUGUACUUCAGUGCUACUAAGGACCAGCCAUUGUAAUGGCAUUCUGAAAACUUACUCUUUCCAAUGGCUAAUUCAUGGACAGUCAGAAACAACAUGAAAGCAUGACCACUUCACGUGACACGUGCUGCAUGUAACUCAUUAACCUGUAAAAGGACCGAACAUCUGUGAGUCUGGAACUUGAACUCAGAUGUAAAGAUUCCUGUACACGAAGUCAGUCUGUGGGAAAGUGAAGUAACAGCCUUCAGAAUGGGGAAAAUGUGGUGGCAUCAUGUGUGUGGUGCAUUUCUGCUCCUCACUGUCAGCCUGAUUUCCUUCACACCACCUUGUGAUGGAGGGAACAUUCUGGUGUUCCCUGUAGAUGGCAGCCACUGGAUCAAUAUGAAGAUCCUGCUAGAGGAGCUUCAUGCCAGAGGACACAACCUCACUGUGAUAAGAGCAGCCACCAGCUGGUACAUACCAGAGAAAUCUCCUCUCUACACAUCCAUUACCAUCCAAAUGGAAGUAGGUAUGGAGGACUUUUUUGAAGUUUAUCUACAAGAACAAAUGAAGGCGCAGAGAGAGGGGGCUUCAGGACUCACUUUCCUCAAACUCACCAAGGAUUUCCUUUCCAUGAUUUCUGAGGCCCAUUCUUUGUGGUGUGAGGCCCUGGGUCAAAUGUUUGAUGAUGACAAAAUGCUCAAAAUGCUGGUGGAUGCCAAGUAUGAUUUGGUACUCACUGACCCAGCUAUAGCUCCAGGAGUGAUAUUGGCCAAAUAUCUCAAACUGCCCCUGGUGCUUAAUGUUCGGUGGAUUACAAGUGGAGAAGGUCACUUUGUGUUGGCCCCAUCACCACUCUCUUAUAUUCCAGUACCAGGAUCCGGCCUAACAGACAAAAUGAAUUUCCUCCAGAGGGUUAAGAACAUGCUUUUCUACAGCAUAAUACUCUUUCAACAGAAAUUCCUAGUGGGACCAAGCUAUGAUGCAGUCUGUGAUAAAUACAUUGAAGGUGGAUGUGAUGUGGUCUCACUUCUUCAGGAGGCCGACAUUUGGCUGUUUCGGUCCGAUUAUGUGUUCGAGUUUCCUCGGCCCACAAUGCCAAAUGUCGUCUACAUCGGAGGGUUUCAGUGCAAACCGGCCAGCCCUCUGCCUCCAGAGCUGGAGGACUUUGUUCAGAGUGCUGGGGAACAUGGGGUCAUUGUUAUGACUCUGGGAACUUUGGUUAACGCUUUGCCCACUGAUGUUGCAGAUGAAAUUGCCAGUGUUUUUGCAAAGUUGCCUCAAAAGGUGAUAUGGAGGCACAUCGGUGGACGUCCCACUACUUUAGGAAACAACACCCUGAUUGUGGACUGGAUGCCCCAGAAGGACCUUCUGGGACACCCACAAAUCAAAGUUUUUGUGGCUCAUGGAGGAACUAAUGGAGUCCAGGAGGCCAUUUACUAUGGUGUACCUGUGCUUGGCAUCCCGUUGUUCUUUGACCAGUAUGACAACCUUCUUCGCUUGCAGGAGAGAGGAGCUGGAAAGAUCAUUCAGCUCCAUAAUCUGAAUGGUGGCAGUUUUGAACGGGGUCUUAAUGAAGUACUCUAUCAAGACAGUUACAGACAGAACAUGCAAAGACUGUCACGUUUGCACAGGGAUCAGCCAGUGGCACCAAUGGAUCAGGCCAUUUUUUGGGUUGAAUAUGUGAUUCGCAACAGAGGGGCUCCUCACCUGCGCACAGAGGCCUAUAAAAUGCCGUGGUACUCUUACUACUCUUUAGAUGUGUUGUUGGUACUACUGACUGCCCUGACUGUAAUAUUCAUCACUAUUGUGACUGUCUUCAGAUUUUUGUGCUGUAGAAGUAGAAGGAAGACCAAAGCUAAGCAACAAUGAUAAAAGUCAUGUAUUUACAAAUUUUAUACCAUUACCUAUAACGAACCGUAUUUAGGAAAUAGCAUAUUUUUAAAUGUAGCUCUGAUAGGUAUUUAAAAUGUAACAAUCAGUUUAUUUAGCCAAAUUCAUAGAAACACAAAGAAGGAAAUCCAGAACAAGAUGAACUGUGCAAGAUAUUUAGAAUUUUGUCAUAAAACACCAUUAACCAAAGUGACUUGUACUAGUUACUACAACAGUCAUACAUCCAGAGAAAUAUUUUUGUGUUGAGCGCAAAAAAUCAAAUCCCACAUUUCAAUAUGGUUACAGGUGAUUGUGUUUUUAAUUUGAAUUUUGCACGACUUUCAAUGUUGAUGUAAGUAAAGUGCAAUAAAUUUCUAUUUAAAGGAACAUACUUUUGUUUCCCACCACUGAAUUUACUUGACAAUCUUUUUAACUGCAGUCACUCACUUGAGAAACUCACUAGAAGCAUAAAAGAAGUGGACAAAGCCAUUGUGAUGUCAUCCAUAAGAUUGUGAACUGUCAUAC